AUGAUUUGCUUGUGGUUCCUAUCUCUUCUUGCUUAUGGACUUACAAUACUGCAGGGGGUGAGUUGUUGGACAUACCAUUAUUCAGACACAAACAUGACCUACAGUGAAGCAGAGCUGUGGUGCAGAGAGAGGUAUACUAACAUGGUUGCCAUUCAGAAUAAGGAGGAAAUCAACUAUCUCAAUGACUUCUUACCCUUCAAUCCGGGUUACUACUGGAUUGGAAUCAGAAAAAUUAAUGAGGUAUGGACCUGGGUUGGAACUAACAAAGAGCUGACAGAAGAGGCAGAAAACUGGGCUUCAGGUGAGCCAAAUGGCAAAGGGAACAACGAAGACUGUGUUGAAAUCUACAUCAAAAGAGGGAAGGAUGACGGCAAGUGGAAUGAUGAACAGUGUGAGAAAAAGAAGGUCGCCCUGUGCUACACAGCUUCUUGCAACCCAUCUCUCUGCAGUGGCUGUGGAGAAUGCAUAGAGACUAUUAACAAUCACACCUGCCGUUGUAACCCUGGCUUCUAUGGACCUGAAUGCGAGUUUGUUGAGACUUGUGAUCUGCUAAAGAAACCUGAUCAUGGGAGCCUCAAAUGUGACCAUCCAUUAGAGAACUUUGGCUACAACUCAUCCUGCACAGUUCAGUGUGAGGAAGGCUAUGAACUGACUGCAUUGGAAUCUGUACACUGUACCUCUUCUGGGGUCUGGUCUGCACCCCUUGCAGCAUGCAAAGCUGUGACCUGUCCUGCCUUAGAAAUGCCUGUUCAUGGUGCCGUGAACUGCUCUCAUCCCUCUGUAGAGCUCACCUGGG